AUGAUUAUCCCCGUGCGCUGCUUCUCAUGUGGAAAGGUUGUCGGCGACCUUUGGGAGCGUUACCUGCAGCUUCUGGAUGAUGGUAUUCCGGAUGGUGAUGCCAUGGAUCAGCUCGGCUGCCGACGAUACUGCUGUCGCAGAAUGAUCAUGACCCACGUGGAUCUGAUCGAGAAGCUUCUCCGCUACAAUUCCGCCGAGAAGGACCGAUCCAAGGCUCAUGUCUAG